AUGCAGGUGGGAAAUUUUGAUAAGGCGCGUGAGAAUCACCACUUGACAAAACCCACAUUCACUCCACCACACGCAGAAAAUCUCCAAUAUAUCACACACAACAUGGCGGGAUUAUCGGCAUCCAGAUGGGCGAAAAAGGCGGCAGAGCUGAAGGAAGCAAACGCCGCAAGCAACACAGACAAGAACAACAAAACUGAGAACUCGACAACAUCAGCAAAAUCGGCUGCCUCGCCCUCCAAAAACGACAGACCAGUAUCCUCUUCGACAGUCUCUGUCUUUUCAGAGAAGGACUCGUCAGAGUCCGACAGCGACGUUGACAACUCGUCGACCAUGUCGCCAGCAGCGAUGGCCUUUGCUGCUCGUCUUAGUAAGCCUGAACCCAAGAAGGAGGAAGAGCCACAUACGCCGACCACCAGUCCCCGGAAGACCCUGGGCCAGUCACGAUGGGCCAAGAAGAGCGACGCAAAGAUUGACACAAAGACAGACGCAAAGACAGAGACAAAAAUCGACCCCAAGGAUGUGCCACUCAUCAGUACGCCUCCCAAAGGUCCUGCUUCCGAAUACAAAAAGAACGGCUCUGUAUCUGCCAACGAUCUUCGAUCACGCCUAGCACCUCCGUCAGCACGUGUAGCUCCGUUCGAGACUGUUCCCGACGAUGUGGCAAAGCAGCAGCGACGAGAACUACGUGAGAGAGAGCGGGAGACCUAUCGACAGAAGAAGAUGGGCCACACUCGUGAAUGGGAUGAAAGCCAGACCCAGCCUCAGCACAAUGGCCAUAACGGCCACAACGGCCAUAGCGGCCAUAAUAAUGAGCCCAAAGAACGACGCAACUCUCGAAACGGUCACGUCAGACGGGACUCGAUGAACCACCACAAACCCGACCACCACUCAAAACUGGACGCGCGGUUCGAAAAGAAACCAAAGGGACGGCUGCCAGAGCGACAGGAACGCCCAGAACGACAGGCACCUAAGAAACAGGCGCCUACUCCUGCUCCUGCAAAGACAGCUGCUUCCUCAAAACCCAAGGAGCCAACUGCCGAGGAGAAGGAGGCUCUGCGAAUCAAGUUUGAGGAGCACCUCAAGCUAUCCGAGUCCAAAAACUUUGCCUGGGACGAUGACGAGGAUGACAUGUGGGCGUAG